GCCUCAUAAAAUUCCACAGCGUUCAUCAAGAUAUUACCAUCCAACAUCUUACUCCCGCUGAUUGAUAUAUUAUCCAAACUUGCCUACAUAUUCCCACCAAUUUAUAAUGGCCAGGUCAGAAGAGGCAGAGGCCUUCUUCUACGCUGUGUACGCCGCCGUACAGCAGAUUCCUUACGGAAAGGUCACAACUUACGGACACAUUGCGAAGUUAAUUGGAACUCCCGAACGACCGCGUCAAGUCGGCAUAUGCCUCAAGCAUCUCCCACAAGAUACAGACUCACGUUUUAACCAUGAUAACGUCCCAUGGCAAAGGGUUAUCAAUGCCAAGGGCAUGAUCUCGCCCAGGUCACAACCCUCAGGGGCACGAAAUCAGGCAGCUGCUCUACGAACUGAGGGCGUUAAUGUUACUACUAGCGCGCUGGGCGAACUUAUGGUGGACUUCUCCGAAUGUGGAUGGUUUCCAAACGAAUUACCUUCGGAGGCGGAAGCGGAAGAGGAAGAGGACGACGAAUGAUUUAACUGUUCGUCCUAUUCCUCAACAAUGAAGCUAGGAUUACGGCAAAAUUCGUAGCCAAAGUACUGGUAGCUGAUUGGUACUUGAUAGUAAUGAGGUGUACUACAGCACUACUUCUUCUCGAUCUCUGGGAAGCGCAUC